AUGGCAACGGAGAAGGUACUUGGAAUGUGGUGGGACACGGCCACCGACAUGUUCACGUUCAGGAUAUCACCAAAACAUGAUGCGGAGCUGUUGUCCGGAGUCAGAAUGCCCUCGAAGCGGGAAGUGUUACGGACGCUGAUGGCGAUAUAUGAUCCGAUGGUACUUAUCGCCAAUUGCCUGAUGUAUUUGAAAAUUCUCCUACAGGAAAUUUGGCGCUCUGGGUGUGCUUGGGACGAUGAAAUCACUGGAAAACUGGCUGAGAAGUGGAUGAUUUGGAUCGCGGUGUUGCCUGACGUACGUAAGGUGAGCGUUCCUCGGUGUUACCGAUACAUCACGACUGCUGAAGCCACAAACGUUGUCCAACUGCACGUCUUCUGCGAUGCAAGCGAAAAUGGAAUCGCUGCCGUUGCCUACUUUAGAUUCGAAGAAGCUGGAGUCAUAGAAUGCGCCAUGGUCGGAUCAAGAACACGGGUAGCACCCUUGAAAAUCCUCUCGAUUCCACGUCUAGAACUACAAGCUGCUGUAGUCGGAGCGCGUUUGGCAGACAGCAUUGCAGGCUCACACCGGAUGAAGAUUUCACGCCGAAUAUUCUGGACGGACUCCCGCGAUGUGGUAUGCUGGAUACGAUCCGAUCACCGACGCUAUAGCCAAUUCGUAGCGUUCAGGAUCAGUGAGCUGCUGGAAAGCACUGAAGGGGAUGAGUGGAGAUGGGUGUCUACGAGAUCGAAUGUGGCUGAUGACGGAACGAAGUGGCAGAGGCUGCCGGACUUACAACCUACGAGUCGCUGGUUCCAUGGACCAGACCUCCUAUGGAAACCGGAAACCGAAUGGUCAGGUGAAGGCGGAGAUCCGGGGACGACUGCAGAAGAGAUUCGUCCCAGCGUUCUUCAUCACAUGAUCACGGAACCGCUGGUGUGCUUCGAGCGUUUCUCCAAAUGGAAGCGGCUGUUGAGAACGGUCGCAUAUGUUCACUGA